UCCACUCCCUUCAGGAGGACCAGCCACUUCCUCCCCUCGGCUGCACUGAUCCAUUCGUGUCGACUGCCCAGAGUCCGCGAACGCAGCGCCGUGUCCUCCCCACGUCCACUCUGUGAAGACCUUCUCUCAGCCUCGGCGUCUCCUCCUGGAACCUGCAGCAGCACAUCCACAGCCACCUGCACAUUCCUGCAGCCGUCCCGCCUCUGCCCCGACAUGUCGCUGCACAGCUUCGGCCUGGAGCCGCUCUCCUGCCACUCCUGGAACAAAGACAGAACGCAGAUUGCCGUGAGUCCCAACAACAACACGGUGAAGAUCUAUGAGAAGAAAGGCAAAGACUGGGUGAAGAUUCACGAGCUGACGGAGCACAGCGGACGCAUCACAGGCAUCGACUGGGCCCCGGAGUCCAACCGCAUCGUGACCUGCGCCUCCGACCGCAACGCCUACGUGUGGACCCUGAAGGACGGAUCGUGGAAGCCCACGCUGGUGCUGCUGCGCAUCAACCGGGCGGCCACCUGCGUGAAGUGGUCCCCGCUGGAGAACAAGUUUGCUCUGGGCAGCGGCGCGCGACUCAUCUCCGUCUGCUACUUUGAGAAGGAGAAUGACUGGUGGCUGAGCAAGCACAUCAAGAAGGCCAUCCGCUCCACGGUGCUCAGCCUGGCCUGGCAUCCCAACAACAUCCUGCUGGCAGCGGGCUCUGCAGACCUGCACUGCAGGGUCCUCUCUGCCUACAUCAAGGACAUCGAGGACAAGCCCGGCCCCACGGCCUGGGGGGCCAAGAUGCCCUUCGGGGAGGUGAUGCUGGAGCACAAGGACUGCGGGGGCUGGGUGCACGGCGUGUCCUUCUCCCCCAGCGGGGACCAGCUGGCCUGGGUGGCCCACAACAGCAGCAUGGCCGUGGCCGACGCCGCGCAGGGGAAGGAGGUGACCCAGCUGACCACCCGCCACCUGCCUCUGCUGAGCGUCCUCUUCGUCAGCCCCACCGAGCUGGUCGCUGCGGGUCACGACUGCUGCCCCCACCAGUUCACAUACAAGGGUCCCGGGGGUCUGGAGUUCGUGAAGAAGCUGGACGUCCCCAAGCAGGCCACCAAGAGCAGCGUGUCGGCCAUGCAGCACUUCCGCAACCUGGACAAGAAGGCCACGGAUGAGGAGGACAGCGAGCUGGGCACGCUGCACCAGAACAGCAUCACGCAGCUGUGUGUCGUCUCCGGGGACAGAGCCAAAGUGGACAAGUACAGCAGCGUGGGCCUGGACGGAGCCAUGAUCAUCUGGACUUUUAAGCACUGAGUCCACUGGUUCCUGGAGGUUCUGCAGGUUCUGCAGGUUCUGGAGAUUCCGCGGGACCAUUCUGUACUGUGACCGGAGUGUGUUUGCCUUGUAUGCGUUUGGGUAACUAGAAAAUGCUUUCAGCACAUAUGUAUGGUGGUUUUCAGUCAGAAAUGGUGAUUUAAAUAAAGAUAAAAUGAUGACAG